AAAAACCGCGUAGGAGCGCACGCCACGCCACUGAGCAGGGGUUCCCCUCCCAGACAGUCACAGCCUGCAGGAGGCUUCUCAAAGCUCCAACAGACGUCCUGAGGCGCACAGGAUCAGGAGGACCCCCCACCCCCGGCAGCUUUUUGGACUCUUUGGAAGUGAAAUGACCAGAUUUGGAGGCUGACGCGACUCGGCUCUCCCGUCGCGCGCGCCUCGGAGCCCUGAUGCCCAAAGAGUGCAGAAGAAGGUCCUCCAAGGACUUGGGGCUCUCUGGACUCAACGAUCGGGCUCGUUCGGAUCGAAGAACAGGCGGGAAGUCCCCCUCAAUCUGCGAUGAGCCCGUGAUGCACGCGCCCCCUAUACCCCAGGUCACCAUCAGUACCCCGGAGGGGGGCGGCUCCUCCACUGAGAUCCAGCUGGAUGAGCCAGCUGAUCGUGCCAUGGACUGUGCCCUCCGCAGGCAGCUGUCCACCUCCUCCAUCUCCUCCACGGGCUCCUCAGCCGUGGAGUCUGAGGAUGACUUGCUGAGUGACAACGAGAGCAAAAGUAAAGGCAUCAUCACCUUGGAGCACCUGGUGGACACUGGAGAGAGCAAACCCUGGUGGAAGCUGAAGACGUACGUCCGCUGGCCCCUCAACGCCGCCCACAGGAGAAAACUGAACUGGGUUCAGCUCGCCGGGCAUAAAGGCAACUUCAAAGCCGCAGAUGAGGGCACCAUUCUGAAGAAGUUCUCAGAAAAUGAGAUGCAGUGUUUCGAGAAGCUGCGGGACGACGAGCUGCGCCCGUUCGUCCCCGGUUACCACGGCGUCGUGGAAAAGGACGGAGAGUCCUUCCUGCAGAUGACCGACCUGCUGGCAAGCUUUGAUCAUCCCAACGUGAUGGACUGCAAAAUGGGAGUGAGGACAUACCUGGAGGAGGAGCUUGUUCGAGCAAGAGAGCGACCCAAACCUCGGGAGGACCUGUACAAGAAGAUGGUGGAUGUGGACAAAGAGGGCCCGACUCCUGAGGAGCACUCCCAGCGAGGCGUCACCAAACCUCGCUACAUGCAGUGGAGGGAGACCAUGAGCUCCAGCAACACUCUGGGCUUCAGGAUAGAGGGGAUCAAGAAACAUGAUGGUUCAUGUCGAACUGACUUCAAGAAAACCCGAUCGAAGCAGGAAGUCAUCAAGGUGUUUAAGGACUUUGUCGGAGGGGACUUCAGCAUUAUAACGUCUUAUUUGCACAGACUGACAGAGAUCCGGCAAACCCUGAACACGUCAGAGUUCUUCAGGAGUCACGAGGUCAUCGGCAGCUCUCUCCUCUUCGUCCAUGACCACACGGGAAACGCACAGAUCUGGAUUAUUGACUUCGGCAAAACCACAGCGCUACCAAAGGGUCAGACUUUAAGUCACGAUGUUCCCUGGCAGGAAGGCAACCGGGAGGAUGGGUACCUGUGGGGGCUGGAAAACCUUUUCCACAUUCUGGGGUCCGUCAGCAACGAAGAAACUGGUGGCUUUGUUGACAAGAAGAACAGCCAGACCACACACAGCCUGUGUGACCUUUAACUUGUAAGAAACUAAAAUGAACUCCGAUGAGCUUCACAAAAACAUCUUACGGGUGGUUUUAUGCAUCCUGGUUUGAUUUGGGCGAUUUAUGCUUCAUCAAAGCACAAAGAAGGUGCCCACAACACACUCAGGCUUUCACCUUCCUAGAAUGAAUACUGAAACUGACUGAUGGGACUAAAAUAAUCAGAAAGUUGCUCACCAGUGACUGAA